CGUCUAUUGGACGUAUAAUAUUUACUUCAUGUAGUUUUCGAAAUAAACCGGUUAAACCAACUAAAAACUUAAAAAAAAUCAUCAUAAAAUAUAAAUGUCAAUAUACCUAAAAAAUUUCAUAAUGUUUUCCAAGUUUAUUCAAAGUGUUUGAAAAGUUUUUUUUUUUAUAACCUCAAUAAAUGCUAGGCAUUUUUACAAUGUUUUUUGUCGUCAAUUGAAUUCAAAUUUCGGAGAAGAAAGUUUUUGUUGAAUUACAGUGAAAUUUUAAAAUAAAAGUAACUUAGUUAAUUUUCUAUUAAGGGAGAAGAAAACCUUUUUGGAGAUAAGCCAAAGGAAACAAAAUUACUUGAUGAAAAUGUUAAAAAAAUCGAAACGAGAAUGCCGACAAAUUUGUUCAUCGGUAUGCUACAUAAUAAGAACGAGACAGUAGUGAAGUUGUUGAAGUGAAGGAAAAAGGAGCUCUUAUGUGAACAAAUAUCCGAUGACUGAUUGGACAUGAAUUGGUUGUUCAGAUGGUCGCUGUUACGAAUUCUCUUUUUCAUUUUCUUCAGCUGGGAUAUGAUGGGAUUUACAUUGGCGACAGACGACUCUUUUUUCUCAAGACUUAUUGUCGCAGCCUCACAUACAGCUUUAUCAGGAGACUUGGCAGUUUUAAUAAUCAACUUAUCAGCGUUAGACCGUGUGAAGACUAGUACUCGUGUCCCAGGAAUUGGCACGACAACAGAAGAGGCUGAUAUCAUAAUGGAAGAAGAAGAGGAAGAAGAAGAAGAGAAAAGAAGUGAUAAUUAUGAUUGGCAAUCAUCUCUUCAACAAGACCCAUUUGUUAUAAGAGUAAUGCGUCUAGAUGGCUUCUCAUCGGAGUUAAUUGGAGAAGUAGCAAUAGAAACAACUUCCACAUCAGUAGCGAAUAUUUCUCUUUCCAUCCCCUGUGGAUUUUUUACUCGUGGCGGUGCUUACUCGUUACAACUUCAACGCAAGUCAGUACCUGCUAGUGGAAAAUUUAUGGAUACUAAUGGAGUUCAGAUGAGAACAACAUUGGACGUGAGAUGGCCAACCCCUUCGUUAGCUAUAGACUCCCACUUUAGUACUUAUCCUGAUAAACCAGUUGAUGCAACUUUAGAAUACACUGGAGUUUCAUGUGCUCCAGCUGAAGGUAUUCCUGUAGACACGUUCUCUCUACAACUCAUCUACUGUGGUGCCAGUGUAUUGUCAUGUGAUCCGAGGAACAAAAGCAACGUGCAGAUACUUUACUCUGAAAAAAUCACAGGAUUUCCAUUGCGAAAGAAUCUUGUUUUGCGAUGUGAUUUCUUUGGACUUGCUGGACAUUAUGCAUUGAGAUUAAAACCGUCCGAUGUUAAUUCAACAGCUCCAACUACCAGUGCAUACAUGAAAGUAGAAGUUUCGAACCAGUAUAUCUUCAAUGUUCUUGAAAAAUCAGUUUAUCCCUGUAACGGAAGUUCUGGAGGGCUGUCAGUACUUUACGAAUAUCCGUCUUGUCGGCUUGAAGACGAUCGUGUACGAGUUUAUGGACGUCUCAGAGCAGAUGUAACGUCACUAGCACCACCAUCGACGCUUAAAUAUAUUGCAGAAUUGAAAGCUCCUCGGAAAAAAAAUCGGUUAAAAUUUGAUUGUGAAAUAUUUACAGAGAAGUUUGUUGAAUACUGUUUCGUUUAUGUUAGUCAAGCAAUCAACGGUGCAGUAGCUGAGGUGCGGGUAGAUUGUAUUCCAACAUUUUCUAUCAAAGAUAGCGAUGCAGGUGGAUGGGGUGAUUGGAGUCCAUGGGGACCAUGCAGCAGUACGUGUGCAGAUGGAGUACGAAAACGUUACAGAUUUUGCGAUAGACCACCUCCACGAUACGGCGCAAAAUUUUGUCAAGGUGAAGCCGUAGAAGCGAAAUCCUGUGGAAGUGCUAGUGAACUAGAUUUGGAAAAAACCUUGAGUGCAAGCGAAUGGGAAUGUAAACAUGGCCAAGCAUUGGCUGCUGAGCGACCAGAAAUAACUGCAAAAGUAGGCACUAAGUGUAGGUGUGGCUGUUCUAUCAAUCUCCGUAAUGAAACUUCACGAAAAAUUUUAGCAGCUAGUACUCAAGCUUGCCCUGGGCGUUCCUUUUGGCUUGUUCAGGCUGAACCAAGAUCUGUAGUAAAACUCCACUUUUAUCAAUCCAAGUUUCCUUGUGCUGGUCAAUAUGUAAAAGCUAGAGAUGGUGAUUCUACAAGUGCUGAGCUUCUGGCAGAUAUUGCAUACGAUAGAAAUAUUCCGGAAUCAGGGACGGUGAUAUCCUCAGGACAAAAUUUACUUUUGGAAUUUUUCAGUGAUGAAAUAGUUGCUUCUAGAACAGCUUGCGCUGGUGGAUUUCUAGCACAUGCAACGACAUUCUCAAAUUACCCACCAGAGAAUGAGACAGAAGUCACCACUGCUGUCUUUAUCGGACCCAAAGUGAUAGCAGCGGUCGGAAGAUGGGCAUUAUGGUUGUCUCCACCUCAUUUAGUUGUUGCCGUGCUUUUACUGCUCAUGUUUCUUGUCUCGAUGUUCUUAGCGUUGCAAUACGCCGUAAAAUAUCGAAAAUAUCAAGUUGCUGAGGAUUUGGAUAGCUUGACUGACAACUCUACUUGUAGUGGCUCGAUGCAAGGACUUGCCCGACGUGCAAGAGCAUUAUCAUCAGCGACACUCAUUUCCGAGGUCGUUUCUCUCGUUCGAUUGCCAAAAAGAAGACCUUCUGGACACGGGAGACUUGAAGAAACACCUGCUGAUCUUGAAGACGGUUACGAAAGUACAGAAACUCAAGCAGAGAUGGAUGAUGAACAAAGUCUAGAAUCUGGAGUUAUGAAACAGCGAGAACUGGAAGAAAGUGGGUCUCAAAAAACGAUAGUUGCAAGUGCUCGAAGUACUCCAUCUCAACGAUCUUCUACAGCUAGUACAAUAACUUCAGGACAGCCUGAGGUCAAGUACGCCCGUCCAGUUAAGCUUCGCACGGUUGGUCCUAUAAGUCCUGUGUCAGAAGAGGCAUCAAUUUCAGAAGACAGUAGACGAUGCAGUACUGCCAGCGGUUCAACCAGCGUGAAUAACGUAAGCGUCUCUCACCCAAAACCAUCUAGUCUGCAGACCAAGAGUUUCUCGCCAGCAAGCACUUUAUCGAGUUCAUCAACGCUCCGGUGUGGUAAAGAAACAAAAGAUCGACGAAAUCGUGAACGACUCCUUCAAGGACCUGGCUCAGAGUUUAGCUUAGCUAAUCCUGACACUGAUCUCGAGCUUGAUUAUUAUGAUUAUAAUGUAUCAAAUGCUGGAGCAGCUCCAGGAUCAUAUCUAGCUAUGGAUCCUGCUUUUCUCGUAUGGAUUCCACCUCUAAUUCCGGGAGAAACCGAGAUCCUCGAAGCUAUCAAGGAAGACCAUCAUUACGAAGAGAUUCCUGAUAGAAGAAUUGACGACGAAUCGAAAGUAAUUCUUGAUACUGAAGGCACUGCGCUGACACCUUCGGAAUAUCAAAAAAUUAAAACAGACAGUGAAAUUCCUUUUCGUAAACUGGAUCCUGGUGAAUGUAGACUUCAUGAUGAAAUAAUUAUGGAAUAUCGUGCCAGAUUACAAGAAGGAAUGCUACCAAUUCAUCGUAUCUUAGAAGAAUCUAGAGUAAGAGUAAGUGAAGAAUCACUUACGAGGCACAGUCAAGAAGACUUUCAAUUGGAUGUGAUUCCUAAUCGAUUAAUUGAAGAAUCAGAUAAAAGAGAUUCUAAAGAAUCUGUUGAUGGAAAAUUUACUCCUAAAAGUAAUCGAGACCGAUUAGUUGAAGAACAAGAGCACUCCAGAUGUAGUAUAUCACGAAAUAAUAAAUUAGUUGACGAAGACAAAAGAAAAACUCCUGCAACUGUAAGGAAUAAAUUGCAGGAAUAUCACGAAAAUAAUACAAAAAAACUUCAAGCAUCCUCUGAAGCUUCUAAAAGUUCUAGUGAAUUAUCUAAAGUUAGUCAGAGUAGAAAAAAAAAUUCUCAUGAACCUACAAAACCUAAAAGACACUCCUCAAACCGAAAUAAUGAUCGGGAUGAUGAUAAAAAUGAAGUUAUUUUACCUAAACCAAAAACUCCAAAUGUUAAUCGCCGAUUAAAAGAUUUCACCGACUUAAAUUUUGUUACGGAAAGCAGAAAAAUAGGUGUAGAAAGUAUACCGAUGAAAGAAUUCAUUCGAGGUCGAAAUGAAUCUCCCGCUCGAGUUCACAAAUCAAAAGAGACUGAUAAAGAUAUUACGCGUGAAAAAGAAAUUCAAAGUCCGGAUUAUGGAGUAGAGGCUGAUAUAAAAGAAAUUUCUCGAGAUUCUAUUUAUGAUUUUAUUGGUGAAGACGAAGAGGAAUUUAAAUUUGCUGAUGAGGAUGAAGAUGAAUACAUUGAUAAUAAAAUAAUUGCAUAAAUAAUUGAUGAAAAAAAUAUGGCUAAUGGCUUAUUAGUGUACAGAUUGUGAAUGAUAGGAUCAAUUGAUAAGGUGAUAAGAUUACUGAAUAUUAGCCAGAUGAUUGAAAGUACAAGUGCCGGAAAAUGUGAUGAUUAAUGAGAGAUGCGUUUAAUCGAGAGGUUGCAUAUUAAUAAUCAAUCAUAUUACUGAUCAAAUAUUCUCAUAAAUAUUUUUUUUUGCAUACUCAAUGUGAAUAAAUUAAUACGUCGAUAAUUGCAUUAAAUUGAAUUUAAAAGGAAUAUUCUGUAUUGUGUAAAUACAGUUUUUAUUUACAGUUUUCAAUUUAUUUUGAAUAAUGAAUAUUAAAUUUUUUCGUUAAACAAACUGAAUCAAAAAAAUAGUUAAUAAAAUAACAUAAAUGAUUAUUUAAAUUGUUGAAGCAACAUAUGGAAAAGAAAAGGAAGAGAUAAAUCAUUUAAACUGUCUAGUCUUAUAAAAAAGAUCAUUAAAAAUAUAAAUUAAUUUAAUAUAUCUAAAGAACAUCUCAUAUCAUACCUCCCCUAGAUAUUAAAACAAAUGCUUGAAUUAUUUUGCGCGUAUAGUAAUGAAACCACUAAGGAAACACUGAAAAAAAAUAUCAAAAGACUGUAUUUUUCGAUGUAAACUUGGACAUUUUAUUUAUUAAAGAUUAAUUUUACUGAGAGUAUAAUACAGUAAACAUUCAUACAUUUAAUGGCUUAUUCUCAUAAGUUUAUUAAUAAUUAUUAAUGUUUUUUAUUUAAAAUAAAUAUUCAAUAUUUUUUAAAAUAUAAGACCAAAGGCUCAAAGCCAUAAGAUACAUAUAAUAGUUUAGAUCUUUUAUGUAAAUUGUUCCUACAAAAAUAUAGAGUUCUCCAGAGUGCAUUUUUAACAAUUAAAAAACAUUAUUGUAAAAUAAAUGUAUUUACUUAUCACUCCGUAUUUUUUUCUAGUCAACUGUUAACUGUAAAAAAGAAUCUGAUGUAUAUGAGAUGAUAAAUGUUAGCAAAAUGUAAUCAUCAAAUGAUCAAAUGCACAUUCCGUAAUAUCUCUUGAUAUUAUUUUUGUUUAUUUAUGAAUAACUUUUAUAAUAAUAAAUACAAAAAUUAUGCAACCUCACGUACUUAUAUUAAAAAAAA